CUGCAUCCUUUCUUGAACAGAUGGAAGAAAAACAGAAUUCCAAGCCGGCAUCCGGACCCCAGAGUCCCAGGAGCACACAGCAACAUGAGAUCUCCUUCCCCUCCCAUUCCUGGUCCUUGGAGAUGUUGUUCCGCAGAUUGAAGGCCCUAGAUGCCAGGAGAGAGGACAAGCUGACCAGUGUCAUGGAUACCUUGGGGGAGUUUGGCACAUUCCAGUGGAGGCUGGUGGCCCUCACCUUCAUCCCCAGCAUGCUGUCCUCCUUCUUCAUGCUUUCUGACCACUUCAUGGUCACAGCCCAGAGGCCCUACUGUAACACUAGCUGGAUCCUGGCAGUGGGCCCCAACCUCUCAGUGGCUGAUCAGCUGAAUCUGACCCUGCCCCGAGCACCCAAUGGCAGUUUCCUGACAUGCCUCAUGUAUAUACCUGUGUCAUGGGAUCUAGAUUCUAUCAUCCAUUUUGGCCUCAAUUAUACAGAAACCUGCAAAUAUGGGUGGAUCUAUCCUUAUGCUGACAAGCGCUCUCUGAUCAAUGAGUUUGACCUGGUGUGUGGUAACGAACCGAAGAAGGAAAGCAUGCAGACUGUGUUCCUGGCGGGAAUCCUGACAGGCUCUCUCCUCUUCGGGUUCUUAAGUGACAAGAUGGGCCGCUAUCCAACCAUCCUGAUGUCGCUGCUGGGGCUCCUCAUCUUUGGCUUCGGAACAGCCUUUGUGAACAGCUUUUACCAGUAUCUGUUCUUCCGCUUCGUUGUGGCCCUGGCGGCUGUGGGUUAUGCCAUCAGCAGCGUGUCUUUAGUCAUGGAGUGGCUGGUGGGUGAGCACCGGGCCCACGCUGUCAUUCUGGAGCACUGCUUCAUUGCUGUAGGGGUCCUUUUCCUGUCGGGGGCUGCCUACAAAAUCUUCCACUGGAGGCUGCUGUUCCUGUUGGGCGGCAUGCCCAUGUUUCCCCUCAUUUCCAAUAUCUGGGUUCUCCGAGAGUCCCCACGAUGGCUGAUGGUGAAAGGGAAAGUGGAGGAGGCCGUAAAGGUGCUGUGCUAUGCGGCUGAGGUGAACAAGACGACCAUUCCUUUAAAUCUACUAAAUGAGCUGCAGCUGCAGAGAAAGAAGGUGACUAAGGCCUCCAUCAUGGACUUCUACACCAACCAGCACCUCUUCAAGGUGGUCUUGUCCAUGGCCUGUGUGUGGUUUACCGUCAGUUACAUCUAUUUUACACUGAGCCUCAAGAUGAAGGAUCUCGGGGUAGACAUCUACUUCAGACAAGUGAUCCCAGGCAUUGUGGAGGUGCCGGCCCGGCUGUGCUGUAUAGUUCUCCUGGAGCACUUGGGGAGGAAAUGUAGCCUGUUCCUGAGUCUCAUCCUAGUUGCCAUCAUGUGUUUGUUUCUCCUUUUCCUCCCUCAAGAGCUGAAGACAACGAUAGUCGUGAUGCUUGUGCUUGGAGAGUUUAGCCUGGCUGCCACUGUCACUAUAUUCCUGGUCUACACUGCUGAGCUCCUCCCCACUGUCCUCAGGUCUACAGGUCUGGGAAUGGUGUCUCUAGCCUUGACAGGUGGGGCCGUCACAGCUCUGACCGUCUUCAACCAGAUCAAAACACAGCUGCCCAUCUUCUUCUGCUGUCUCUCUUGUGUCGUGGCCUUGUGCUUCUCCUCCUUGGUGCCAGAAACAGGAAACAAGCCUCUCAAUGAUGGCAUAGAGUACAGUACAAGAGAGUCUAUCGACUUCAAGAGGAGAAGCCAGGAAAUUGCUGCAAUGAUUAUAGCUGGGGAGUCCAUGUCUGAUGUUGUGAUUGAUGAAGUGACAAAGAAUACCAUUCUCAAUGCCAUGCCUCUACAAUCAGAAGUAGACAUGUUCUUCAACACGGCCUCGGAGAAGCCCAGCACCAGUGAAAUACCCAGUCCAGCUCCCUGAGGACCAGCUUCCCCAGAACAUUUUGGAUUGGAGUUUAAUGGCUGGGUGGGGGCCAUGGAUUCAAGGCCUCAAACUCUAGUUCCAGUCUGGCAUGUGGGCAGAGUAUGUCCUUCUCCAAGGCCAGCCCCCAGGAUCCAAAAAUAGCCCCUUCUGAAGGAGGAGCUAAGUUGUGAUUCAUUCCAAUAAAAUAUCAUGUUGGUCUUGAAA